AUGACCUCCUUCGUGCGGGGGUGUGGGGGAGAGACAGUCACAAACAGAACCUACUGGACCCAGCCUACUCGCCUCACUGGGGGAGCCACCUGUACUCUGCGUGUCCAAAAGAUCUCCACAGCAAUUUGUUAUAUUCGACUUGAUCUUCAUGUGUUCCAGCUGGCACCCCCCACACUGGGCCACUGCAACAGGGACCACCUGGCACUCUCUGGUCAGAAUAUCAACUCCAUAGUACCAAGGCUCUGUGGCACUAACAGCGGCCAGCACCUGUACGUGGGUGUGGGGCGGGUGUUGGGACCCCUGGAGCUGGUGGUGACAACACUAGGGGAGGAACCUGGCCGACGAUGGGAGAUUGAAGUAACCCAGGUGGAGUGCUGUGGUGAGGGUGCACCUCCUGAUGGCUGCCUACAGUACUAUGCUUCCCCCCAGGGCUCCUUCGCCUCAUUUAACUACCUGCCCAAUGGCUCUUCACAAUACCUGAAUAACCUGAACUACGUGGUGUGUGUGGCCCGCGCCGCUGCCUUCUGCUCCAUCACCUACACUGCCGGCGACAAGAUGGACAACACCACCUUCCAAAUGGUUAACUUCAGCCUCAGGGAUGACAUGCUGACCCCAACUGUGACACCCGGGGAGGCAGGGGUGGGUGUGGUGCCGUGUCGGGGAGACUAUGUGGUGAUGGCAGGGACCCGGUUGUGUGGGGACAGGCUGAACGAUGGGUCUGUGGAGCCACAACCCACUGACAAUGGCCCAGUGACAGACUCCACCAGUGGCCCAUUCCUGGUACAAGUGAUGAGUGACAGCCAGUUCAUCGGGCGAGGCUUCAACCUCACCUACCACCAGAACCCUUGCUGA